GCGCCAGGCAAGCGGCGACCGGAGCAGCGCGAUGGCUGCUCUCCGGUUGCUGCUGCGCAUCGCCGGGCGCCUGGAGUCGGCGAACUUCAUGCAGAGUGUGUGUGGCCUCCUGGGCGCCGAGCAAGGACCGGGGCCGUGGCACGCGCACUGCAGCUUGGAGCGAGGACGGCUUGUCCUCUCCAGCCAUUCGUUCCCCGGCGCCUCGGAGAGGCUUCCCAUCCAGAGACCCCCUUUCUGCCCUUUUGCGGCUCUGGACCAGCAGCCUGGGGGCUCCAGGACCGAACUGACCACGAAUAGAGUGGAUGUGGCUGUGGCUGUCAUUCUUCAGUCCAGUGACCAGACUGUCUUGUUGACCCGAAGGACAUGCACCCUCCCCAUUUCCCCCAACAUCUGGGUCCCUCCAGGUGGCCACAUGGAACUUGAUGAGGAGAUACUGGAGUGUGGGCUUCGAGAGCUGCAGGAAGAGUGUGGGUUACAACUGCCCCGGGACCAGUUCUCUUGCGUCCUUCUGGGGUUGUGGGAGUCUGCCUACCCUCCUAGGCUGAGCUGGGGUUUCCCCAAAUACCAUCACCUUGUUCUCUUCAUACUCGUGAUCUCCCAGGAGUCGCAGCAGCAGCUCCAGGCCCGGAUCCAAAUAAAUCCAAAUGAGGUGAGUGCCUUUAUGUGGCUGGGACCAGAUGUAGCAACGGCUGUGGCUGCCACAGAGGAUGGCACAGAGACACCCAGACGUCUCCCCCAGGACCUACCGCCCUCUCUCCCUGCAACCGAACUGAGGGCCGACGGAGGGGCCCAACCUCUGCUCCUGCCCGUGUCCACACUCCUGCGGACAACCCCAACCACAGCAGAGGACAAAGAACGGGUCAGUGCGGGGACCAAAUUUGCUCUCAGGCUCUGGCUGCAGCAUCUGGGGAGGUGAAGGGAGCCCGGACCAGCAAAGGAAGGAUGGGAGUCUGUGAGAUGGUGGAUAUAAAGGCUUCUGCUGCAAACACCUGAGACCUGAGUUCAACGCCUGCAAUCUCCUUCAAUGUGGCAGGAGAGGUCCUACACCAUGAAGCCGGCCUCUGACGUCCACAUGCAAAGCCAAGGCACACAUGCACAUACAUACACACACAUACACAGCAAUAAAAUAUUUUAAAAGUGAAAC